CUACAACAACUCUCCCUUUCUCGACACUCGUCAAAUUUUAUUUAGUCUUCUCUAUUAUUCUCUAGCUAGACUUCGUGUACACAUUCUCUCCCCGUCCCUUCCAAAACUUCCCAAAUUGAAUCGCGCAUCCCAUCCCAUCACCAUGACAUCACUCCCCGCCAUCGACUCGCUCCCACACCUCCCAGACUCCGACCUCACACAAGUCCUUGACCUCCUCUUCGAGCCGUCCCCACCACUGCACGAGCUCUCGCUCCCAGUCCUCCGCACAGCAACCUUCCCCAGCUACCACACACUAAUCGUCGCCGUCAAUGCGCAAUUGACUGCGCUAGCGCACUCCGAUAAGCCGGAGGAUGUAGCGAAGCUGUCGGAGAUCCUGUGCUCGCAUCCGCGGCUGGGAGAGAAGAAAGUGGACAGCGAACAGAGUCGGACGGAGCAGGCACAGUUGCAGACGGGUGGAGAGGAGGAGACGGAGAAGCUAGCCGCGUUGAAUCGCGAGUAUGAGGCGAAGUUUCCGGGACUGAGAUAUGUUGUCUUCGUCAAUGGCCGCUCUCGGCCCGUCAUCAUGGAGAAUAUGAGAGCCAGGAUUGACCGCGGCGAUAUUAGAGCAGAGCGGCAAGAAGCGACUCAGGCAAUGUGCGAUAUCGCUGAUGAUCGAGCUAUCAAGCUCUUAAAAGCGCCUGCGAACAGCGAUGAUCUGCGAAAUCAUUUCCAUUCUGGCAUUCGGGGAGAUUGAUGGAUGGGCGUGCGGGUUUAGUAGAUGCGGAGUGUAGAUCGAUGCAGCUGUCAUUACCGGAGUAAACGAAAAGUCGGUCGUGAAGGGAGAGUUUCGGACUGCUUGGAUCGUGAGCGACCUUUAUAUUACUCUCACCGCGUCCGGGAUGAACUUCUUCUUGAAGAGGGUUCACAAAAGGAAUUGAACAUGACAAGCGUGUAGUUCCUUAGAGUGUGAUCAAAUCAAGAACAGAGCAGUGUACUUUCA